GCUUGUAGAGGGCGUCCCUAACAUUUUAGUGACGAGUGACAAGUGAAAAAUUCCAGAGUUCCUAGAAAAGGUGGAAAUGGCCACCCUAUAUGCAAGACAGGAAGGCUUUCAAGGAUCUUUUGUUUUCUCGAAUUCAAAAAGAUUAGGGAUCCUUUUGUACUUUCUGAGGUAGGUAUAAAGGGACACACGCCAUUUUCUGUUUCACCAUCUCUUAACGGAAAAUCUCCAACUGAAUGAUUAAUCAAUUCGAUUCAACGCACCCGUCAAGGUUUCGAUGUGUAACUCUUUCUGUGCUUUGCUAUCUUGAAGUCAGCGUUUCAGCCAUGUGUACUAAUUUGCCAAAUCAUGGACAAUUCAAGGUUCAAUCAUGGGGAUCUCUCAAUGGAAAAGAUGUGAAAAAGUUCACAUUUAAAAACAAAUGUAACCAAGAAGUAGACGUCAUUAAUUACGGUGCAACAAUUACGAGUAUCAGGACACCUGAUAAAAAUAAUCAGCUGGCAGACAUUGUGCUCGGGUUCGACCAUAUCGAAGGUUACUUGGGCACUGACAAUCCUUAUUUUGGGGCAACUAUUGGUAGAUAUGCAAACCGAAUUGGCAAAGCUAGUUUUACACUCGACGGUGUACACUACACUUUGUCAAAAAAUGACGGAGAGAACACUCUCCAUGGAGGUUUCAGACAAUGGAAUUCAAAAAUAUGGGAAGCCAAUGCUGUGAACAAUUCUGUUGUAAUGACUCUCUUAAGUGAAGAUGGAGACGAAGGAUUCCCUGGAACAAUAAUUGCUUCUGCAACAUUUACAUUUAAUGAUGAUGGUGAAUUGAGCAUCGAGAUGAAAGCAUUCAGCACAAAACCCGCACCGAUUAAUCUGGCAAACCACAGCUACUUCAAUCUUGCUGGACAUAGCACCAAUGCUGAUGAGAUCUAUAAACACGAGGUUCAAAUAAACGCAGAUUGUUGGACAGUAACAGAUUCUGAAGGUAUUCCAACAGGAGAAAUCAAACCAGUCGAAAACAGCAUAAUGGACCUCAGAAAACCAACUAUUCUUGGUGAUGUUAUCAAUAAAGUACCCGAAGGUGGUUACGAUUCCAAUUACUGUUUGCCUGACUCAGCCUCAAAAAAGACUAAAUUCGACGCAAAAGUGAUCCAUCCAACUUCUGGUCGAUUCCUGGAAGUAUUUACAAAUCAGCCAGGAGUACAAUUCUACACAUCUAAUACUUUUCCGGAAACAGGAAUUUUGGGAAAAAGUGGAAAACGCUAUUUCAAACAUGGUGCCCUCUGCUUGGAAACACAAAACUAUCCAGAUGCUAUAAAUCAUAAAAAUUUUCCGGACAGCGUAUUGCGACCUGGCAAUGUUUACCGACACAUUGUGACAUAUAAAGUGGGUGUACAAAAGUGAAAUUUACUAAAAUAUUUUAAAGAAAUAUGAUCAUUUUCUAUGUGAUAAUGAUUUCUGCAUAACAAAUAUUUUUUCUUAAUUUUCUAUAAUUAAGCAAUUUUAAGUGCAAUGAAGGUUGUAUUACGUUAAACUAACACAUUAAGUUGUCUCAGUAUAAAAACUGGUUUAUCCGAAAAUAAAAAAAGUGGUUUAAAUUUUA